AUGGGGGGCGCCCUAGCGUGGGCGCUGUUGCUGCUGCUGCUGCAGGAUCCAGGUAGCCAGGGAUUGUCCUGCAACGUGUCCUCAGGGGACGUGGAUUGGACCACGGUGUUUACAGCCACAUGCUUGAACUUCAGUGGUCAAGGCUUGAGCCUGCCCAGGAACACGUCUCUGCAGGCUAGCAGCGUGCUUCUCCUGGACUUGUCUGGGAAUGGCCUCCGAGAGCUCCCGUGGUCCUUCUUCACCCUCCUGGGGAAGCUGCAGAUCCUGGAUGUGACAAACAAUCCCCUGAACCUUGUGGACACAGUACUGGCAGAACGCUGCGAUCUUGAUCUGAAGGCUGACUGCCACUGCGUCUUAGCUUCCUGGCAUAAGGUCCGGCAGGACAACUGCUCUGGCCAACUGCCUCUGCAGUGCCUGGACGCAGGCACCGGCGCCUGGCACAACCUCUCCACCUUCCUGGAAGUUGGCUGUUCCCCCGGCCUAGCCUUGACAACCAUUGGGGCACUGGCGGCCAGUGGAAGCCUGCUUUUUGGGCUUGCCAUUGCUGGCCCAUUGUUGGCCUGGAGACUGCGGGCACGAUGUGCACGCAGUUGCCGGGGCCUGGGCAAAACGUGGGCUGUUCAGGAUGAUCCCAGCUCAAGCCAACAGCUGAGGUACAGUAGCCCUAAGCAACCAUCAGCUACCCUACCCAGACCUCCCACGCCUGACUAUGAGAACGUGUUUAUGGGCCAACCACCUGCCAGCCACCAGUGGGCCAAACACAGGGCUCACCCUUCGGAGGACAGCGACUUUUACAUGAAUUACAAGGACCUCCGCCAGGUCUCCCAGUCUGUCUAUGGCAACCUGGAGCCCCUGCGCCAGGCCCUACCAGACGAAGAGGAAUACGUGAUCCCUGGGCGCUGAGGCUGCAACAGCCUGAACUCCAGCCUGCCCCCU